GAGCGAGCGACCAAACCCCUCCAGCGAAGUACAGUAAACAAACAUCGGUGCUCCGUUGGUUGGAAUUCUAGCGCGUAAACACAGUUGUGGAAUAAAUUCAGCCUGCAGUUACUAAAGAAAGGAUGGGCUGCUGAGACUGAUUUCUCUGUAAAUAAGGAACAAACAUCUUCACCAUGUCAGCUGACGGGGAGCUCCCCACUGAUGCCACAAAUGAAAACAAACUGGUUAGACCAAAGGUAGAGUUCUGCUCUUUACUGCAACUUGCUGGAGCUACUAAAGAUGUUUUCACAAUGAAAGAGGUGAUGUUCUACCUGGGUCAGUACAUCAUCCAGAAACAGCUGUACGACCAGAAGCAGCAGCACAUCGUCCACUGCGCCCAAGAUGCUUUGGGGCGAGUGCUGGGAGUAGACAGCUUCUCUGUGAAAGAACCGCGAGUUUUGUUUUCAAUGAUUACCAAGAACCUGGUGGUUGUUAAGAACCAAGAUUCGUCAGACUCAAGUGAAGCACUAAGCAGCCAGACAGACCUGGGGACGGAGGCGACAGAAACAGCUAGCUGCUCUUCAUCACCAGACAGGAGAAGGAGGAGGAGAAGGUGGAGCUGUCGAAGCAGUGAUCCAGGACCAUCUCGGAACAUAGAGGAUGGUGAGGACAAAGAGGAGUCGGAGGAAGACGAGGAAGGAGGUAGGAAGAGGAGAAGGUCUGACAGCUACUCCCUGACCUUUGAUGACAGCCUGUCGUGGUGUGUGAUUGGUGGAUUGGGAAGUGGGUGGGACAAAAACUUCUCAACAGAGUCAUCUGACUCACACAGCACAUCGGAGAGAUCUGAGGUCACAGUAGCAGCUUCAGACUCUGAAAGCGACAACUUCAGUGUUGAAUUUGAGGUGGAGUCAAUCGAUUCUGAUGACUAUAAUGAAGAUGAUGCAUCUUUGUCUGCAGACGACCAGGUGUACGAGCUCACCAUCUUUGAAGCAGAUGACGACGACUCCUUUGACGAAGACACCGAGAUUACAGAAGCUGACUACUGGCGGUGUGUGAAGUGUGAAGAGUUGAACCCUCCUCUACCCAGAAACUGUCUGCGCUGCUGGACUCUGCGACAGGAUUGGCUGCCUGACUUGUUUGCUUCCAGUCCUAAAGCCCUGCCCAUAAAGCCAAGUAGCGAAUCAGCUGCCAAAGAAGAUCCAGGUUCGGAUGCAGACGACAACGGAGUCGACGUACCAGAUGGCAAAAGAGCAAAAACUCCACUCCACUCGCAGUGUCUGUCGGACUCUCUCUCUUCAGCACCCAACUCCCAGGAUCUCUUCUCAUCCUCCCAGCCUUGUUCCUCGCAGGACAAGCUCUGUACGUCAGACUCUCAACCCUCCUCAUCUUACUCCUCCUUCGUUGACUCCCAGGAGCUUCUGGCCUCUUCCCCAACGUCUCUCCCACCUUCUUCCGCAUCGUCAUCCCUUCCCGAGCUGGAGCGCAGCUCGUCAGCGGAGUGGCGGCUGCCGGACUCGUGCCUAGACCCGUGUCUCAUCUGUCAGUCCCGGCCAAAGAACGGCUGCAUCGUCCACGGACGAACCGGGCACCUGAUGUCGUGCUACGUGUGCGCCAGGAAGCUGAAGAAGAGGAACAAGCUGUGUCCGGUCUGCAGGCUGCCCAUCCAGUCGGUCAUCCUCACUUACCUCAGCUGAGACGGCCGUCUCGCCUUCAGUCCACUCACCUACCUCAGCUGACACACCUUUCUCACAUUAGUCCUGGUGAUCUGGAGUCAUCAGUUACAAGUUAAUCUGACCACUCCAUUUAACUGAUUAAAAACAAUUAUUCAGUUUCACGCUCAAUGCCUUGGCAACGCUCUAAACCCAUAGUUGCUGAAUUUAGACAUUAAUUUAAUAUCUUACAAAUGUUUAUUUUCAAUAAAUCUGAACUUUCAUCAGUUCAUCAACUGUUUCAUUCAAAUAAAAAUUAUAAAUCAUUCCUACAUUACAUGCAAAAUAAAUAUUACAUUAACUAAUUUAAAAUAUUUAUUUAAUUUAAAUCCAAGCCCUUUUUUUGGGACAAUUCACAUGUUACAACUACUGGUUGUAACAUAAAAAGGGAAGAUGCCCAGAUGUAAAAUUGGAGCUGAGGUGUUUUUUGUAUUUGGAAAAAAAAAAAAAAAGAGUAAAUGACAACAAAACCAAAGCAAUCAAAACUGGGAGGUGUACGUCAAAUAAAUGGAGCAACAUAAAUUGCAAAAUGGGCAAUCUUUUGCUUAAACAGCUGCGUCUGCAUCCUUUUUAAAGGAUGAAGCUGAAAGGAAUCAUUGGCGCAGGUGAUGAAGGCAGGAGACGUCAUCCAGGUGGAGCCGAUCCCAAACAAUCUGAUCCUGGGAAAGUCCCCAAGGCAUCUAUUGGCAUAACUAAGGAGCAAAUGAAUUGCAGCCCAUCAGCUACUUAAACGGACUAUUUGAAAAUGAUUAACAUUUUAAACAACUGGUCAUUAAAAUGUGCUGAUAGAUUAAUUUGAAUAUUGAUCAAUUUAUGAGUAGUAAUUGUUUAACAGAAGUGGGGAGUUUGGAAACAGGAACAAACGAAUCUACAGUUGAUGCUUGCAAUGAAAGUGUUAGAUCUACUGAUGCAGUACUUCAGAAUAAUAGUUUAGUUUUUUAGAAUUGAGUCUCAUUUCCCCAACUAAACUGAUGAGAUGAUCAGUUUUGGUUUAAUCUGUGUGAUAAAUUCAGUUUUGACAAGGUUAGGAGUGCCUUUUUUCAUUAUUUUUUAAAAUCUUGCCUCAACAACUGGUGGUGCUUUAUUUCAUUUAGUUUCCAUCUUCAUGCAAAGAUUUCCCUGAAAAGACUCAAAGCAAAUUCGCUCUAGAUUUAUAUGGCAAAGAAUGUAUGUUAAAGUUUUAUUUGCCAUAUUUAUAUAAAAAAAAAGGCACCAAACUACUUAUUUUUCCUCCAGAGAAUUUCCAACGAAUCUGUCAAAUAUAAGAAAUGAAGUGUAAGAUGACAUCUGUAUUUAUUUGUAUUUAAGAAGCUCAAAUAUAUUUAAAACACUUUCUAUGAGCGCUCUAAAUAAGAUGGAUUAUAUGGAGAAAAAAUAUCUUGUUUAUUUUGAGACUUUUUGUGAAACUGAAUAAAUAACUUCACCAGAAUCACCAGAAGUUUGUCA